GCCUUGACAUCACCCAGCAUACAUCCGCGUAGAGUCGCUCCCUUUCGUUCCCCGUUCAUUACCAACCAGUUUUCCACCCUUCACCAACUGAAGCUCAAACGCACAAACAUCUCCCUUUUUAUAAACAAACCGAGCGAAAACUAUCGCCUUUAAGAAAUUGUGAAGGUUUUCACUGAAAAAAGCAACAACAAAAACCUCAAAAUGUGCAAGUGUAUCGCUGGAAGCGUCGUCUGCUGCUGCUGCCAGUGCGCGAUGAGCGUGUUCAUCUCGCUGCUGUUUGUGGGAAUUCUGCUGGCGGCGGCCCUCGCCGCCGGCAUCUACUUCGGCGUGCUGAACGUGGACGACCAGGCGCCGGAACUGUCCAACUACAUCCACAAGACGGGCGACUCGAUCAAGGAUGCCGUCAAGGAUAAGCUCAACUAGAGAGGGGGCGGGGAGAAUGAGUACAAACCAGACAGUGCCAGCCGAAUCUCCGAGGAAGAAAAAUUACAAAAUAUUUAUACAACUUUAAGAAUCUUUGUGGA